AUGAAGUUUUACCAGAUCUCCAGCGUUGCGCUCUUUGCUGCAGGCGCUGUCGCUCAAACCUACCAGCGUUUGGGUGGCUGUCCUACUCUAGGAUGCGUCUUCCCUCCGGACCAGGCUGACUUCCUCCCAGGACAGUACUUUGACAUCCGCCUGGAGGUCCACUCUCCCGUCAAUGGCUCGGAAGCCCGGGUUGGAGAACCUGAUGCCGCCUUUACAUUCACUGUGACCAAGAAAGACACAAAGUCUCAACCCAUGAGCGCCGCCAAGUUUUUUUCUGUACCGGAACCUGAGCUUGAAAGAUGGAACUUUACAUGGUACGAAGAUUUGUUCGCUAAGGACGCUCACAAGCCCUCGCUUGUUAAUGUGACCUCGAAGGCUUUCAGAAGGGUCGCGUUGUACGAGCCUGGCGAGUACGAGGCGACUCUGACCUAUUACAACGGCACAAAGACUACUGCAAAUUGGCUUGUUCGCGAUGUUCCCUCAGAGCGUCGGGCUAAGAAUGUUAUUUUCUUCAUUGGUGAUGGCAUGACAACCAACAUGAUAACAGCUGCUCGCCUGAUCGCUCACAAAAGCAUCAAUGGCAAAUAUCAGACCAAGAUGGCCAUGGAUAAAUUCCCUGUCUUGGGCCAUCAGAUGACCCACUCCUUGGACUCGUUCAUCACUGACUCGGCCAACUCUGCAACGGCCCUCUACACUGGCCAUAAGAGCACUGUCAAUGCCUUAGGAGUCUAUGUCGAUUCGUCUCCGUCCCCCUUCGACGAUCCCAAGUUUGAGACUAUUGCAGAGAUCUUCCGCCGUAGAUACCCUGGGUCUGGUAUUGGCAUCGUCUCCACUGCCUUCCUAGCUGACGCGACCCCUGCCGGUCUUGUUGCCCACACACGUGACCGUGGGCAAUACGGACAUGUGAUUGAUGCGUACUAUCACGGUUUAACCAACUACACCUGGACCCAAUGGGACGGUCCUGAUGUACUCUUAGGUGGCGGCGGCGAAAACUUCAUUGGCAAAAAGGCUUACAAAGGCCAAGACUACUACAAGAUGUUUGCUGAUCACGGUUAUACCGUCAGCUGGAACAGCACUUCUCUAGCAGCCGCUCCCAAUAACACCAAGACUGUGGGUGUCUUUCAUAGCAGCACUAUGUCAACCUGGCUCGACCGCAACGUCUACCAAUCCAACCUGUACAACCAGAGCAACUACCCUGAUGGCUCUAGUCGCGAUGCUGUUGACCAACCUGGAUUGAAGGAGAUGACCCUCAAAGCCAUUGACGUGUUGAAUGCCCGUAAUGGCGACCAGGGCUGGUUCCUAAUGUCCGAGGCUGCUAGCAUUGACAAGCAGAUGCACACCCUCGACUACGACCGCGCGCUUGGUGAGCUCCUUGAACUCGACGAUACCAUCCGCGCCACAAUUGAGAAGCUUGAGGCUCUAGGCGAGCUUGAGGACACCCUCAUCGUCGUCACUGCUGACCACGGCCAUGGUUUCGACGUGACUGGGUCCGUCGACACUAAAUACCUCACGGCGCAGACCUCAGACCGCAAGAAGCGUGAUGCGAUCGGCACCUAUCAGAACUCCGGUCUAUCCCAGUAUACUGUUGGAGGUCCUGGUGCUCUCCGUUACUCUCAGGGCGUUCACUUCCCUGCCCGCUGGGAUCCUCGGUACACUCUGCACUCAGGUCUUGCUGCAUUCCCUGACCACGCUGAGAACUACCAGGUCCACAAGGAUGGACCCCGUAAUCCUACUCUCGAUAUUCCAAAGGGCUCAGGUAGCUAUUAUGCCAGCUACAAGGAUGCUGUCACAGGGUUCAUUGUCAACGGCACCUUACCCGUGGACGCUAACUCUGGAGUUCACUCUCUGACUGACGUUCCUGUAUUUGCCAAGGGUCCUUGUCAGGAACUGUUUAGUGGUGUUUAUAACUCGGUCGACAUCUUCUACAACAUGGCCGAGUGUCUUGGACUGUCUGAGACAAAUGUCUGUUAG